AUGUCGCAACGAGCUCAAACAGUCUUGAAGCACUGUACAGACAUUGUUCGUCGCUUCGACUACGAGACAUACCUAUGCACCAUCUUUGCUCCAAAAGAAAGCCAGGCUGCCUUCUUUGCCAUCAGAGCAUUCAACGUGGAAUUGUCCCAGAUAAGAGAACAUGUACGUGAUGCCAAUCUGGGUCGCAUGCGCAUGCAGUUCUGGAGAGAGACCAUUGCUGCUGUCUACGAGGGACGUCCGUCAAGUCAUCCAGUAGCUGAACUCUUAGGAAUGUGUCUUGAACACGUAGACUUGUCACAGUCGUGGUUUAAGCGCAUUAUUGCUGAAAGGGAAGCAAACCUCAUAGACCCACAAUACACAACUAUAUCCGACGUCGAAAAAUACGCUGAAAACACAGCUACAUGCCUCCUCUACCUCCAACUCGAAGCUCUCGGACUGAAAGAUGUACAUGCAGACCACGCUGCAUCUCAUAUCGGCAAAGCACUGGGGAUUACAACACUGCUACGUGCGACGCCGUUUCAUAUUCGGGAUAGGAGGUUUUAUUUGCCUAGUCAGAUAUCUGCCAAGCAUGGAAUAUCAGUUGAAGAAAUCAUACGUAAAGGUCCAGCAAAUGAAGCAUUUCGACAAGUAGUGUAUGAGGUAGCUACUGCUGCUAAUGAUCAAAUCAUUACGGCGAGAGCGCAUGGUAAAGGUGUUCCUAAAGAGGCUGCUCCCGCUCUUUUGCUCUCUAUACCAUGUGAGGAAUACCUAAAGAGAUUGGAAGCUACAAAUUUUAACCUGUUUGAUCCUAAACUGACUCAAAAGACUUGGAAACUGCCUUGGACGAUUUGGAGUGCAUCUCGUAAUAGUAGAUUCUAG